GCUGCCUCAGGCCGCCUCCAAGGAGGGUCGUUUUGGGGUUCACUCAAGCUCAGCACCCCUGGGGGCCCUAAUCCACGUUAGGGUUACGCCAGGGGAUUCAUCCUUUGGGGCUCGAUAUUGCCCUCAGUGAAAUGGGAGGGGACAGGAAAUUUGAAGUCCCCUCCCAGACUGUCCUUGGAGGGCCCCAGACCCAGGUGGGGGUGAGACUGCGCCUAGGGGCACCCGAGGGGGCGGGCACCCAACUCUGCGCAGCCCCUGGAGGGAAGGACUGGGGGCCCUGUUUGCGGGUGAAGAAAUGCGGAGCGGGCAGCAUCUUGACGCAAUCAGAGCCGAAGCAGGGAUUUGACCGCAGCCCAUUUCGAGGCCCGAGGGUGGGCGAACCCGCACCCCGCGUUAACGGGGCAGCCCUCGCGUGUCUGUGCGCUUGGGCGCUGACCGCCACAAGGGCCUGAGUUCAGAUGCCCGAGACCCUGCAGGCAGGCUGGCAACCUGUGGUCCUCUGUGGUCCUUUUGCUUCGCCCCUGUCCAAAGUCCCGCAAGCGGACCUGCGGGCGGGGCCUGCCUGGUAGCGGCCCCACUGCUGGCCCGAAUUUGCAAAGUGGAGACUGACAACCCCUGGGGGUUCUUGUGAUUCAGAAACAAUUGUGCCCGGAACACGAUGUAGCUCACCGAAGGAAUUACAUUGUAUUAAAAUGUUUUAUCUCUCUGUUGCAUCGAUGCCUCCGGGACAAGAACCAUUUGGCAGCCAGACAUCUUGGGGCCACUAGGAAUCCCUCCUCUGCCUCUCACUAGCGGUGCCCUACGGGCCUCAGUCUCCCAAAGUGACAAACGGAAGUAAUAUGCACCUCUGAGGGCCGUUUUGAGGAUGUUUUGGGUAAAUGCAUGAAAAGCUGAGUCCAGCGCCCAGUACUGCUACAUUUACAUAGCAAAGGCGACAUAAAUAUCUACUGUUGUUAUUAUUUAUCUCCUGCUUUUUCCAGUUCCCGGAGCAGAGAGUUGGCACCUAAUAACUAUUUGCUGACUUAAUGAUUCUAUAAGUUCCUCAUUCCCUCCCCUCUCCCCUCAUCCUAUCCAGUUCCCUCACCCCCACCCAGCCUCCACUCCCCAAGAAGUUGCCAAGGGUUUGGGGGAACAUUCAACCUGUCGGUGAGUUUGGGCAGCUCAGGCAAACCAUCGACCGUUGAGUGGACCCCGAGGCCUGGAACUGCCGUCCACCCAUCACGACCCCCACCUUCCAGAUCUGGGGGGGCCAGGGGAUCCUGAACACAUCCCCUCCCUUAGGCCACAGCAAAGGUCACAAUCAACAUUCAUUGUUGUCGGUGGGUUGUGAGGACGGAGGCCAGACCCACCGAGGGAUGAAUGUCACUGUGUCUGGGCCGGACACAGCCUAAGGGGAAUGGGAUGGGGAAAAAAACCCCACCCUGGACUCCCCCCAAAAACUGCUCAGCCAGUACCUGACCCUGACCCCAGCCUCUCACCCCUUGGUGAGGGCUGGUGUCUGGGAUCCUUACAGACACAGGCUGGAUUUGGAGAAUAAAUCCUGGAGGGUUGGGGGCAUGAAUCACAGGCUCAGGGCUGGGCAGCUGGGAAACCUUUGUGAAACCGAUUAGUGAGGCCCUGCUUCCAAAAGGCUCAAUAGAGUUUUCUUGAAUGAUUGAAUGAGUGAGGUGGGUAGGCAGCAUAGCACCUCUUCUCUGCGUUCAAGUCCCGGGCCCAGGUUUCUCACCCUCCUUGCCUGGUACCGGCAGACCCCUGCUUUACCUUCAGUUGCCCACCUAGCACCUUGAUGCCAGUUGAUCCUUCCACCUGCCCAUCUGUGUGCCCCACGUGGGUGACUCCUGGGCACACCUUAUCCUCCAGAGACUGAGCUGAGGUCUCAUUUGAGGGGGAGAUCAAGGCACUGGCGAAUGCUACGGGUCCCCCCAUUAGCCCAGCUUGUGCCUGUGCUCUGCUCCACCCCCUUUCCACCCCAGGACCAGGAGGAGCUGGUCCUAAGGCUCUCCAAUACCUAAAGUUCCGUUGGUAACUAACUGCGUGGGGAGGCAGGCUUUUGUGCUUGUCUUUGUGAAUAACCCCAGGGGCAGGUGGUUUCAUACCCCAGUUUGUUCAUCCAUUAAAUGCGGGAUCCACUGAAAAGUGGUGUGAAAGCUCCCUGAGGGUGACCAGAGCUGGGAGCCUUGGUCCUUAACCCCCCACCCCAUAAGCCAGGCCCAUUCUCCUUCCGAAGACAGUUGGAACAUCAGUAGCUCCCCAACCCUUCCCAAAGAGCACAGGGGUACCCGGCCCCUCCCCCAGCCCAGGAGAAGGAAGAAAGGAGUUACUAAGUUACUGGUUACAUCAAUGCUAGUCUGUCGGGUGGGGCUUCCAACCCUCCCACCCCCAUCACCCUGUGGGGCAGGAGAGGCAGGCAGGCUCUAAGGAGGGGUCGCCCUUCCAAUGCCCUCUGGGUGGGGCGUGUGGCUCCAUAUUACUGGUGCCCCCUGCAGCCUGUGUCUUGUCACCCCCCCUCGCCCCCAGCCCACCCAGAGACCAUGCAUCCCCUUGGCAGGUGCAUUUUUGGGGGAGCGGCAGCAAGCCCCCCCUGUGACAAUAAGGAACCUCCUACAGCCUGCUCCUCCCUCUUCACACCCCCUUGGAGGUAUAAGGAGGGAACUGACAGCCCAGACUGCUCGGCUCCAGAGAGGGGAAGGGAGGGUUAAGAAGGAAGGUGUAGAAAGACAAGCUUUUGGGGCGGCUGGGUUGCUCCUCUCUCUGCCCCUCCGCCUGGCACACAGUGUCCAGCCAUGGGGACCUUCAAUCUAUGGACAGAUUACCUGGGUUUGGCACGCCUGGUGGGGGCUCUGCGUGGGGAAGAGGAGCCUGAGAUCAGGCUGGACCCCCAGCCAGAACCAGUGCCAGGACCAGAGGAGGGUCAGACACACAGCCCGGAAUCCUCACCAGCUCCCGAACGCCUGUGCUCUUUCUGCAAGCACAACGGCGAGUCCCGGGCCAUCUACCAGUCCCACGUGCUCAAGGACGAAGCUGGCCGGGUGCUGUGCCCCAUCCUUCGAGACUACGUGUGCCCCCAGUGUGGUGCCACUCGCGACCAUGCCCACACCCGCCGCUUCUGUCCGCUCACCGGCCAGGGCUACACCUCCGUCUAUAGCUACACCACCCGCAACUCGGCUGGCAGGAAGCUGGUCCGCUCGGACAAGGCGAGGACGCAGGACUCCGGACACUGCCGAGGAGGAGGUGCCUGCGCAGGUUCCAAAGGUGCCGGGAAGCCUACUGGAACUACCCCCUCUUCCUGCUUACCCUCCACUUCUGCCUAAGGAGGCUGGAGCGGGCAGGACGGGGAUGCUGCCUUCACCUGGGGUUGGGGACCCAGGCUCACUGGAGCCUGGAUUUCAGGGAAGACUCGCCCACCGAGGAUCCACCCCUAGGCCCUGCCCGCAGCCUGAGGGCCUGGCAAAGGAGCCCCGUCUGGAAGCACAGCCCAAAGGGUGCCCCGACCCCCUCACGGAAGGAGGUGGUUCUCAGGCACCCCAGCCCUCCUUCCCCAGCGCUGGGCACCCA